AUGAAGCUCUCUCUCUCAACCCUCUUCUUAAGCUUUGCCGUCGCUCUCGGGCGCCCCGGCACCAGCAGCACCUCUGUUGCCCAUGCGGGCGCGACUCCUGUGGUCGGUGCAAGACAAGGGCAACAAGGCGAAUGCGUCGAGGCGCAACAAGCCCCCGCCGUCACCGGGAGCGAGCUUCGCAAGUUCGGCGUCGUUCUGUUCCCUGGCUUUGAUAUGAUCGACGUCUUCGGGACGCUCGAGCCGCUUCAGCUGAUGGCGCACCUGGAGCAGCAGAUGACGCUGUCGCUCAUCGCCGAGACCCUCGAACCUGUGACUACAGAGACACAGGCACCCGGAUCAAAUGCCAAAGGCUCAAUCUUUUGGCCCAAGGCGCUUCCCAACAACACAUUUAAGGAUGACUUAGACCUAGACGUCCUCAUCGUCCCCGGCGGGCCAGGUGUGAGGAACCCAGACUUGCCGGCCGUCACAGAGUACAUCGCCAAGAUGUUCCCCAAGGUCAAGAUCCUCAUCACCAUCUGCACCGGCUCGGGUCUCGCGGCAAGGGCAGGCAUCCUCGACGGCAAGAUGGCCACAACCAACAAGAACGCGUGGAAAACAAUUCUUCCCAUGGGUCCACAGGUCAAGUGGGUGUCUCCCGCCCGUUACAUCGUGGACGGCAAGAUCUGGACGUCUUCGGGUGUCACCUCGUCUCUGGAUUUGGUCAUGCAGUUUAUCAAGACGUUCUGGAGCCCCGACACGGAGCGACGCAUCUCCAGCAUCAUCGAGCACGUGCCCCGACAAUGGAAUGAAGACCCCUUUUCCAAGCACUUCAACAUUACGCCCACUGAAGUCCAGCCAUGUCCAGAUAGGAAGCAGUGA